GAUCUGAUAAAUUGGCUAUUGAAAUGUCAAAUGUAAUACAAACAAUAUUUCUAGAUAAGUAAAAUAUGAAUAAAGAACAUGGAAAAUACGUGUAGUAUUGCAAAAUGGAUUUUCAGCAUUGCAAUAUAAUUGUACUAUUAAUUUUCCUGAGCAUUUUCAUACAUGAUUCUUUCAGCGGUCUAAACAAUUUGCAUAUGCAUGAUGGAGCCUCCAUCCAUGACGUAACAAACGGCGAUAUAUUUUUUGAAAUAGUAGAACCACGGGAAUUGGAGUACACUUAUAGGUUAAGACCGGCGAAAGACUUCGGGGCUCCUUUUAAUUCGUCAAUUUCUCUAUUGAAAUCUCAUUUGAUUCCCGUGGAACCCCCUUAUGCUUGUGAAGUUUUAACAAAUCAAGAGCUAUUUGGAAAAGUAGCAUUAAUAGAAAGAGGAGAGUGUUCUUUUGUUGAAAAAGCACUAAAUGCUGAAAAAGCAGGUGCUGUGGCAAUAAUAAUAACUGAUACAAAAUCAGUUGAUACUGACUUAUUGCUGGACAGAGAAUUUUAUAUUGAAAUGGUUGAUGAUAACACAAACCGAAAUGUAAACAUUCCUGCUGGAUUUCUGAUAGGGCAAAGCGGUAGAAUGAUAAGAAAAGUUUUGAGAAGACUUAACUUAGAUUAUGCCAUAAUUAAUUUACCAGUAAAUGUAACUUAUAGGACUGUGAACAGUUUAAAAGAACCUCCAUGGAUUGGAUUUUGAAAUAUAUAAAUACUAUAGCUGUUUAUGGUAAUUAUUUAUAUAUUGUCAUUUUUUUACAUUUAUGUAUUAUACUAAUUCUAUGAAUGCAUGGUAUUUAUCUAUUGAUUGAUUUAAUAAUAAUUAAACUUAAAUAUUUAAAAAAUAUUAGAACAAAAAUAUUUUCUUUGUUGUGCAAAUAAAAAAAGGCUGAUGUAUAAUGUUGAUGCACUCAUAAUUUUAAAAGUUUAUGUGCCUAAAUUUAUUAGUUUUAAAUGUUACAUAGUUACCAUCACUGA